UUCUUGCUUUCAAGUCCUCUAUCUUAGACUGUGUUGUGAAUGCAGGCUUUUCUUUUUCUUGUUGUUCACAAUCCUCCUUGUUUUAGCUGAUCUUGGCUUAGUUCCAGGGCAGCUGUGACCACAGCAAGAUUUCCAUCCUUUCCAACAUCCUGGAGAGCAACUGAGAUCAGUUCAUGGGAGAAAUGACGGACACUCCAGUAAAGGGACCUGCAUUGGCUUCUUGUACUGCAGACAUGGAGGUUACCAGUGACAAGCUUUUCUGCUGUAGGUGGGUCCGCCGCAGGGUUCCCCUCGCCCACAGAGAGGAACUAUACUACAUUCUGGGGAUGACUGGGCCUCUGCUGCUCUCUCGAAUCCUCAAUUACCUGCUUCCAUUUGUGGUUACGAUGUUCUGUGGGCGUCUUGGAAAUGAAGUCAUGGCCGGCUAUGGAUUGGCAUCUGCUACUAUUAAUGUUACCACUGCAGCAACAGGAUAUGGUCUGGGACUGGCAUGUGACACUUUAGUAUCUCAGACAUUUGGUGGUAAGAACCUGCUGCGGGUGGGAGUGAUCCUUCAGCGGGGCAUCAUCAUCCUGCUGCUGUUCUGUCUGCCCUGCUGGGGCCUCCUCAUUAACGCUCAGGCUAUUCUGUUAUGCCUGGGCCAGGACCCUGAGGUGACCAGAACAGCCCAGCUGUAUAUUACAAGCUUCCUUCCUGCAGUACCAGCAAUGUUUCUACAUCAUCUUCAGGUCUCUUACCUGCAGAAUCAGGGUAUAAUACUGCCACAAAUGUACGCCGCUGCCAUGGCAAACAUAGCUAAUGUGGUGACAAACUACAUCUUUCUUUACUGGCUGGAUCUGGGUGUUAGUGGUUCUGCAGCAGCCAAUGCUCUGUCUCAGAUUUACAUCUGUGCCUUUCUGUUUGCUUACAUUUGGUGGAAGAAGCUGCAUGUAACAACAUGGGGAGGCUGGUCUGUAGAAUCGCUGCAGGAGUGGGGCUCCUACAUGAAACUGGCCAUUCCCAGCACAUUAAUGAAGUGCUUUGAGUGGUGGGUUUAUGAGUUUGGUGGAUUCUUUGCAGGAAUGCUGAGUGAAGAUGAGCUGGCAGCCCAACAUGCUGUGAUAAUGGUGGCUUUCAUAACCUACAUGUUCCCUCUUGGUAUUCAAGCUGCAGCAUGUGCCCGAGUGGGAAAUGCUCUCGGUGCAGGAGACACUGCCAGGGCGAUCCUCACCAGCAAGGUAUCCCUCACUCUUGCAGGUAGCAUCGCAGUUGUUGAAGGUCUCGUGCUUGGCUCCACCAAAUCAGUGAUUGGUUUCAUGUUCACCUCUGACAAGAGGAUUGUAGGUCUGGUCUCACACUUGAUGAAUGCUUACUGUUUCCUUCAGUUCUUUGAUGGUCUUGUGUGUGUAUGCACGGGCAUCUUCUUGGGCACGGGCAAACAGAAGAUACCAGCUCUGGCUAAUUUCAUUGGAUACUACGGCAUAGGACUUUCAACGAGUGUUACUUUAAUGUUUGUCGCAAAACUGAGAGUUUUAGGUUUUUGGCUGGGACUGCUCAUUUGUGUCGUCUUACAAUCCACCUUCUACAUCAUUGUCAUCUUCAAGCUGAACUGGGAGAGAAUGACAGAGGAGGCUGUGGACCGAGCACAGAAAAACACACACAUGACAUUAUUAAACACAGCUGACCAGACAGCAACUAAUGGCAGUUCAGUGGACGGCUUCAUGUCCAUGAGCACCGUCUGCCAUGAUGGGAGCACGGAGACGCAGAGUGGACGUGUGGUCCAGCAGCUGAAGGGCGGUCAUCUCUCCACCACUCAACUGAUCCUCAGACGGGGCCUCACUAUGUUCGCAGCAGUUUCACUUCUCGCUGUAGGUCUAAGUGUGCACUUCCUCAUGUCUUGGCCACAGAUGCUGUUCUCACAGGCCAACUUCACUUUGGACCGGAUCAAUACCACGUAUACUCCUGAUCAAAUUUUCUCCACUGUGCUGGUCCCGAAUGAAGAGUCAGAUUGACCUUGGCAAUGCAAGACAACUACGAAGUUUCAGUUUUAUGUAUUAGAUACAAACACUGGUAGAUUCACUGGAAAAAUCUUGUUUUCAGACUUCAUGAAGAAACUGUCACACACUUCUCAUCUACAUAUCAAUCAGUUGUGGAGGGGUGUGGGAUGUAUUUGUAGACAACAGUAUUUUUAAUAGGCUAGUGAAUUAAAUAUUUAGAUACUUAAAAUAUAUUAUAUACUGGUCUGUACCGUAUGUGUCAUUUUUUCUAAUCUUU